GUGGAAUUGCAUAAUGGUGAUCUUGUACGAAUUGGACGAGCUCAGCCGUUUGUGUUCGAAAAACGGAGCCUUAUUCCGUUAAAUGGAAAUGUAAGCAAUGCUAUCGAAGAAGCUCCUGAAAAGGACAACUCCAAAACUGCAAUGUUUCCAGUUUUAGGAGUAAAGAAGCAUUUGUCGGUCAAGAAGUCCAAGACUGGUGCUGAUCGACCUGGAACAGCUCUGAUCAAGUCAAAGCGGACAGCUGCUAAUACUGCUGAAAAGAAGCUUGAUGAUCGUGGAGAUGAUCGCCGUGCAUCGCCGUCAUCUUCUAUUGAGACAAACUCCAUCAACUCUCUAUCGACCGUGUCGUCAGAGACUCUGCAUUGA